UUCAAAGAAUUCGACUCAAACAAAGUGAAGGUUGUGAGCCACGACACUUCUCUUCUAAUAUCCCGAGUGUUAGACGGAAGGUCAAGUCGAAAGCUAAAGCUAACGCUUACCUCGGAUCAAGUCAGCACCACCCGCAGGUUCAGGAGAAAGCGAAGUUCUAAAGAAAAGAAAGAAGCACAAAAUUUGUACUUGCUGAUUUUCAUCUAUAGUAUGGAGUCAUCACAGGACACUAUUAUAGAAGCAAAAGAAGAACUCAUGGUUUCACCAUUAUCUGGUAAAAACCCAAUUCGAAGAACUGCUUAUUUUAUCAAACCUUGCAUGGAAGGCUCAGCAAAUCUUCCUCGUUACAUGUUCUCUUCUGGAAAAACAGCCACUGUUGCUUCCAACCACGCAAAACUGCCUCUGAAUGUGAUAUACAGCGGAUGGCAUCCUCCAAAUCGAGAAUGGAAUACAUGGGUUCAACAGAUGCAACAAAAGUAUGAAUAUAUGUGGAUAAAGGCUGGGAUAGACCAAGCUAUCAAAGCUUCUACUUUUCUUAUCCAUAGAAAUGAUGAGCUGAUUCUUGAGCUUGCACAAAGGUGGUGUUCAAAGACUAACACGUUUGUGUUUCCAUGGGGAGAAGCAACUAUUACCCUGGAAGACCUGAACGUUUGUUGGGGUUACUCUGUCAUGGGAGUGCCUUUCUCUACACCUCUUGUGAGUGAUGAGGAAAAGGAAGUAGAACAAGAGUUGAUUACUGUGUUUAGGAUGUUUUUCAAAUCGAAGGCCAAAAGGGCAGAUCAUAAUCCAUGGAUGGAGUAUUUCAUGAGAAAUGAAAGCCAUGUAGAACAUGAAGCAUUUUUGUGUUUGUGGUUGUCGAGGUUUGUUUUCCCUGCUAGAUCAUAUAAAUCCAUUCUGAAAAGUGUUUUUCCUAUUGCCAUACAGUUAGCAAGAGGGACUAAACUAGCUCUUGCACCUGCUGUCUUAGCCAACAUUUACAGGGAUUUGAGUUUGCUGAAUAACAAAAUCAGAAUUGUCACAGCAGUGAAGUUAGAAGUUACAUUGUGGGCUCCUAUUCAGUUGGUCCAAGUUUGGGCAUUGGAGAGAUUUCCCUCGUUGCAGCCUUGGCCUCGAAUAGUUGAGCAAGGCCAACUCUUGAUGGCUAAAUGGAACACAGUGAAAAUGGUUAAAAAUGCCAACUUGAAAUUGAUUUUGGACUCUUCAAGAGCUGGAAAUGACUUUAUCUGGUGUCCCUUCGUGAAUUCUCCUCCUCUUCAGCUUUACAAUGAAAAUGACAAGUGGGUAUGCAAAAAUCCCAAUUUUGAUUAUGAAUUAGAAUCCUUUGCUCGCUGCAUGAGAGUCUCAGAGUUGGUGGGUAUGGAGUGUAUAGAACAUUACUGCCCAAAUCGUGUUGCUAUGCAGUUUGGGAUGGAUCAAGACAUUCCUGGUAUGCUAGUACCUCACAAAGAGAAUCCUUGGAUAAGUUAUAGUGAGCCAGUAACAGAUACAAAUUUGUACAUUGCGUUAUGUGCCAGGCAAAAGCCAAAUGUUACUUUUAGGUACUUUCAUUGGUGGAAGCAAUCAAAUCAAAGUAAGGAAGCAAGCAAACAUUAUGAUUGUGUUGAAAGUAGCCCAAAAUAUGCGUUACCAAUAUCAUUAUCUGUGAAGAAAGAGAGCAGCCUAGCCUGUAGCCCAGCACCUGGUUUUACUUGCAAGAUUAAGAGAAAACAAGAACGUGAUUUUGAUGAAAUGGAAAAGCGUCCAGUCAUCGAGUUGUCCAGUUCUUCAAGUGAAGAUACAUGUGUUGGUGAUGAAGAAGUUGAAAAUGUUUUUCCAUCAAUAAGUGUUGAAGAAGCAAGAAGUGUCAAAUACGACAGAAAUGGAAUCAAAAUCAAGAAUCUGUUUUGUGAUAGAGAUGGUGUCAGUAAUGUGAAUAAGAAAUAUGCAAGCUCUAGCAUAGAAGAAAUAGCUUCUGAUCUUGAAAGCCGGAUUGGAAGGCUUGAAAGAGUGGUCGCCAAGCUUAAAGGAGAAAAUUAGGUCAUAAAGUUUAAAAUAUUGGAGUCAAAGCUGAACCAUAGUGUCCUUUUUUUAUAAAUGAAGACCAAGAAUCCUCUUUUGCCAUUAUAGAACAGAGUUCCUAAAUCUAGCUAGUACAAUAGAAUGUGUAGAUUGCUAACUUGUAUUGCUGCUUAUUUUGAUGUGAUGAUCCCUUUUUUGGUACAACCUGUGUAGUUGCCUGUACUUGUUUUUUAGCAAUGGUUAUGUUAC